AGUCGUGGGCAUUCCCAGCGUCGGGUGCCUGGUGUAUCACUGUCGAAUUGAGAGGCACUCCAAGCCCGCAGCACUUGCUGUUCGCGGGGAACUGUGUGUCAGUCGCCAGCGACAGAUGAAUGAUCAAAAUCAAUUGGGAGAGUAACGCUCCAUCAACGGGCCCGAAUGCAGACAGGAGGCUUCGGAAGUCUUGCUGAGUUGUGGGUGGUAAGGUCAUCAGUCAGUAUGACAGACCGUCGCAGGAUCAAUGGACCUUCGGGUGCCACACACGCUCCAGUAUACCAAGACGAAUUGGAUGCAUCAAGGAACUCGUCAAGAGUGAGACCUGCCAAUACGAUGAGAAAUUUAUUCCUCAAAACUGGCAUUGCGCCAGCCGCCUCUGGAUCUGCCUAUGCAGAGAUUGAGGCUCCUGCAGGUGUUUCUGAUACACAUGCGGGCAUGAAGCUCAUCUGCACAGUUCAUGGCCCGAGAGCUCUCCCGAGGUCAGCGCCGUUUUCACCAUAUCUAGUUCUAUCGACACACGUCAAAUACGCACCAUUCGCCACUCGCCAGCGCAGGGGCUACCUCCGGGAUGCCAGUGAGCGCGACCUCAGUGUCCAUCUCGAGACUGCACUGCGGGGUGUAGUUAUCGGUGAGAGAUGGCCCAAGAGCGGUGUGGACGUUACCGUCACCAUUUUGGAAGGUGACCAGGAGAGGGGGCUCUCGCAGGCACAGGGUCACGAAGACUGGGAUAUGAUGAAUGUUCUUGGUGGCUGUAUCACAGUUGCUGCAGCUGCCAUUGCGGAUGCCGGUAUUGACUGUGUUGAUAUGGUUACUGGCGGCGUCGCAGCCUUGAUUCAGAGCAGUGCACGCAGACGCCCCAGAAUGGUCCUGAUCCGGGAUGCUCGGAGCACGACAACCUUCUGGCCGCUUGCUGCGUAG